AAUGUUUAUUAACAGAUAACACCCGAAGAUUUUGGUGAUGAACGAAUUACCCGCUCACAUUAUAAUCCAAAGGUAAAAGCAAAACCAUUUAAAGAUAGUAAGUCAACAAGUAAAAAAAGACCUAGAUCCACCAGCCGAGAACAAAAAACAAAAAUAAAUUUGUUUCCUGAUGUUCAAUUACUGUCUAAGAAGAAGUCUAUAGAUAUGAAAUCAUAUAAAAAGAAAGAAAAGACUAAUUUAACUAAAAAAAACAAAACUCCUAAACAAUCUUCUUCGAAAAAAAAUGUUUGGACAGAAUACAUGCAUCAAGACAAACCCAAACGUAUUCUAUUGGAACAGGACAAUAACAGAAAAUUUUUCAAAUCUAAAGUGAUUCAUAACGAUACACCAAAUAAGAAAAAAGAUAAUGGCUUUAACUUUAAAGUUAUAAAUUGGAAUGAUGAAAAUAGUAAUAGUUCUAGAGUUGAACUCAAUGAAUCUAAUUUAAAUAGUCCAAAAAUACUCAUUGAUAACAACAUUGAUGAAAAUGGACAAAAUAUAAAUAAAUUAGAAUUGUUGGAUGAUAACCAUAAAGAGAACUCUAAUGUAGAAAAAUAUCUUGCUGCUUAUUCUUCUCCAGCUCCUCGUCGCCUAAAAGAAGUAUCAAAUUCUUCAAUUGAUGUCAAUGACACGGUCAUAAAUGAACCAGAUUAUACUUCUAUUGAUUUCAAUGAUAGGAUCAUAGACGAAUUUGCUGCUAUUGAUGAUUCAGUUCUUGUAACUGAAGUAUCUUCACAAACUAACAUGUUCCCGAUUUUCAUAAAUGAAACUCCUCCACUUAGCCGCACUAUUUGUUCUAAUAGUAAUGAAAAAAAGAGUACAGUGCGAAAAGGAAGAAAAAUUAUUGAUGAUACUCAAUACCAGAUUUAUGCAGGUCAAAAGAAGUUUGGUGGUUUUUUGUGCAAAGAAUGUAAUCUUUAUUAUUCAAGAGGAGAACCAGAAGAUGAAGCGGAACAUGACAAAUACCAUAAAGCCAAGGAUAUUUUUAAGUAUAAGAGCUCAAAAAAUGAAAAAGUUAUUUUUAAAGAUAUUGAUGAGCGCAUAGUUGUAAUAUCUGGAUCAGAUACUAAAAUGUUAUGUUCAAAAGCUUUAGAGGUGAUGUUAUAUGUUGAUAAAGAACUUGGAUGUUAUACAGAAUGUUCUGUUUUACCCACAACUAAAAAAGUUCACUUAUAUAUAAAAAAAAGACAGGUGAUUGGAUGCCUAGUAAUAGAUCUCAUAACGCAGGCUUAUCGUAAUCUAGAAACUGAAACAGAAGACAUGGUUGUUGUAUCUGAAGAAUCUUAUCCCGUGAAAGCAGGCGUUAACAGUAUAUGGACAAGAUGGGACUGUCGCAAUACUGGAAUUGCAAAAAAACUGCUAGACUAUUUCCGUAAGAAUUAUACAUUUGGUCAUAUAUUGGCACUUGAUGAAAUAGCGUUCACAGUGCCUACACGCUCAGGCAAACAAUUUAUUAAAAAGUACACUAACAGAAAUGAUUUUUUAGUGUAUACUGGAUGGUAAUUAUUGCAGUUUGUCAUUCCUUGUGGUAAUGUUAAUUUUUUGAUUAUAUCUAGUUAUAUUGUAUUUCUUAGCAAAGUUUUGCUCUGAUAGUUUCAGACAAUAAGAUCAAUAUAAUAAUAAUAAUAUUUAGUAUUCAUCAGUAGUUUAUUUUUGUUAAUUUAUUUUUAUACAUAAAUUA